UCCCCGCAGACCUGUAGGAGCUGAGCAGGAGAGUCAGAGAGCAGAAGUUGCUUCGUUUUUGGUCUUUGGGUGAUGCGUUUCCUCCUUAGGGGUGAUGCACAUGUUGCCACCCUAUCUCUACAUGAAGCAGAAUGAGGAGAGAAUGAAGUGGCAGAAUGGACUGUAGAACUUCAGAACUCUCAGCUACAACUCUGGAGAAGAUGGGUCGCAAUCAAGAGGAGGUGGAGGAGGGCGGUUCCUGGAAGAAACAGACCAGCAACAUCAGAAAAACAUUCAUUUUUAUGGAAGCGCUUGGAUCGGGUGCGUUUUCAGAAGUUUUCCUGGUGAAGCACAGAACUACUAGCAAGCUUUUUGCUUUGAAAUGCAUUAAAAAGUCACCGGUCACCCAAGAAAGCAACCUAGAGAAUGAAAUCGCCGUGCUCAAGAAAAUAAAGCAUGACAACAUAGUGACUCUAGAGGACAUUUAUGAAAGUGCGACCCACUAUUAUCUGGUCAUGCAGCUUGUGUCUGGAGGGGAAUUAUUUGAUCGAAUUUUGGAACGAGGUGUUUACACUGAAAAAGAUGCAAGUGUUGUAAUUCAGCAGGUCCUUGGAGCUGUGCAUUAUCUUCAUGAGAAUGGGAUAGUCCACCGGGAUUUGAAGCCUGAAAACCUGCUCUACCUCACUCCAGAGGAGGAUGCCAAAAUCAUGAUCACAGACUUUGGUUUGUCUAAAAUGGAGCAGAAUGGCGUCAUGUCUACAGCAUGCGGAACUCCAGGAUAUGUUGCUCCAGAGGUGCUAGAACAAAAGCCAUAUAGCAAAGCUGUGGAUUGCUGGUCCAUAGGAGUCAUUACCUAUAUCCUCCUGUGUGGAUAUCCUCCUUUCUAUGAAGAGACAGAGUCCAAACUCUUUGAGAAGAUCAAGGAAGGCUACUAUGAAUUUGAGUCCCCAUUUUGGGAUGAUAUCUCUGAAUCAGCCAAGGAUUUCAUUUGUCAUUUAUUGGAGAAGGAUCCAAAUGAGAGGUUUACCUGUGAGAAAGCCCUCAGGCACCCCUGGAUUGAUGGAAACACAGCCCUCCGCCGUGACAUAUAUCCAUCUGUCAGUGCACAGAUCCAGAAAAAUUUUGCAAAAAGCAAAUGGAAACAAGCCUUCAAUGCUGCUGCUGUUGUUCACCACAUGAAGAAACUUCACAUGAACUGCCACCACAGCGCCAAAAGCAGUCUCCCGCUCAUACAAGUGCAAAAUGCAUCGCGGCCCAAUACCCCAUCUGUCACCAGCCAGGAACAGCCCAAGAUGUUGAGCCCUGGGUUACCAUACAAGAACGCUUCCGAUCUUUCUGAUCAACACAACAAGAUGGCUGACAGCAAGUGUUUGGAUCACCUGGCUAGCCAAUCCAUCCCUGCCACUCCAAGCAUAGCCACAGAAGACAGUCAGAGCGCUCCGAACAGACCUUCGUUUGGCUGCAAUGCAGCAUGUGGGACACAUGAGAAAGUGAAGACCACCUUUUGCUCAGAGUCAGUGCUCCUCAAAAGAGGUGCCAAGCCCCAUCACUUCAAAUCAGAAGUCCUGGUUCCUGUGAAAGCCAGCAACCACUCAUACUUUGGCAGUGGGCAAACUGGAGUGUGUUUGGUGAUGUGAUAUGAAAAUCAGCCAUAUGACUCAGACAUACACCUUUACAGAAGGGCUGUUUGAUUCUUCUCUUCAAAGCUUCGAAGUCAAAUCAUCAAUUGCGCAAGAAGAAAGAGGCACUUUUCCUGAGGUCUGCCAGGCCGAGCUGUGUCCUCAGACGGCAGUGGCCAUUCACUGAAAUACUGCACAUCCAUAGGCCUGAGGAUUCCUAUGGUGCAAUUCCCUUGCGAUGCUAGAAGGGACAUUCAUUCAAGCAGGGGGGGAAAUCUUUUUCUUUUUUUACGAAAGAGAGAUGCCAUGCUUCUGCUAGCAGCUUCAAUGUAUUAAUCUACAUCGUUGCCUCAAGCUGUAUCUCCAUUUGGGCUGUAAUG